AUGCACUUCAACACAAACGUGCUCACGUUGGCAGUGACAGCCGCAAGCUUGCUGCUGUCCACUACCAAUGCCGCCAUAAUUCCUGACUCGGUGGUACGCCGCUCUACGGUUGCCGAGCCUACACCGAAUACCUUGAUCCCGCAAUCCGCAGUGACCGAAGAUCAUGAUGACCGUCUGUGGACUACCAAGAUCCGUGAUACCGUCGUUGGAAGCUUGUUCGGAAAGUCUACUCGGCAUGGAACGAGGCGAGAACAGCAGAAACGCUUGAGCCAGACUUCUAAGAUUAUAUCUCAAUAUGAUGGCGACGUAGUGCUUCGGUUUAACCUAUCGUCGCCGGAAGAGGCGAAAGCUCUCGCCGAGGCUUCUCAUAUUCUGUAUCUAGAUGUUUGGUCUACCACCAAAAGCCACGCCGAUAUUAGGAUGGCUGAAGAUAUGGUGCCUUCUUUGCUUGGCCUACUACCAAAAUCUAUGCAACACUCCCAUUUCCGUCUGAUGCAUGAUCUUGCCCGGACAGCGCAGGAUACGUAUACUGGCGCCUCUAAUGUCUACUCCAAGGAAGACAUGGUGAGGUUGGAAACUGAAAAUCUUUUUUUCCAAAAUUAUCAACCACCAUCAGUGAUCCUCCCAUGGAUGAAACUCCUCGAAUCUCUUUUCCCUAGCUUUGUUGAAGUGUUUUCCAUUGGAAAGAGCUAUGAAGGUCGUGAAAUCCAGGCUCUUAGAGUAGGAAACAAAGACAUCGGUGGCAAUAAAAAACUAACAAUCAUCGUCACCGGAGCCGCCCAUGCCCGUGAAUGGAUAAGUGUUUCAACCGUGUGCUACCUGGCAUAUUCGCUUAUUUCCGGAUACGGAAAGGAAGAUGUGGAUAUCAAUACAAUCGUUGAUCACUUUAAUUGGGUUUUCAUUCCCACUCUCAAUGUUGAUGGUUACGCAUACACCUGGGAUGCCGAUCGUUUGUGGAGGAAGAACCGACAGCCUACUGGGCUGUCGUUUUGCAAGGGCAUUGAUCUUGACAGAGCUUAUAACUUCCAUUUCGACGGAUCACCUUCAUCGCAAGGAAAUCCUUGCAGUGAUAUGUUCCCUGGGACCAACCCAUUUGAAGCCACCGAAGCGAAGACCUUUGCUGAUUUUGCGCGCAAUCUAUCUGCAGAGGGUACCCCAGUAGUUGGGCUUCUUGACUUUCAUUCUUAUUCGCAACAGAUCCUCUACCCAUAUUCUUACUCUUGUGACAACAUGCCACCCGACCUUGAGAAUCUUGAGGAGCUUGGUUUCGGCCUUGCCAAAGCCAUCCGCCAACACUCUGGUGAACAUUAUGAAGUGACAUCUGCAUGUGAAGGCACUGGGUUCACGGGAUUUCAAGGGGCUGGUGGAAGUAUGAUGGAUUUUUUUUAUGCGGAUUAUCGUGUUCCAUAUGCCUACCAGAUCAAGCUUAGGGAUACUGGUAGUUAUGGGUUCUUGCUUCCAAAGGAAAAUAUUAUUCCUGCGGGGGAGGAGAGUCUGGCUGCUUUGAAACAUUUUGGUCAAUUUAUUCUCGACGAUGGGUCUCCGGUCGAAAGACAGGAAUUGAGGCAGGAGAAGGAACUCAAAUGA